AUGGAAACUGCUUGGCGCCUUAUUGAUGGAAAAGAGUUUUCUUUUGAUGUUCUUCGUACUAGGUAUUUGGAUAAUUUCAGUCAUGCUAAAUGGGCCUUGGCGUCUUCUCCUUUUUGGAUGAGCAUUCGUGAUUUGGUUGACAAUAUGGUGGAGAAUUCUUUUUCUUUCAUUAGUACUGGUGCUAGUACUUUGUUCUGGCAUGACGAUUGGCUAGGAUAUAAGCUGGUGGAUAAACUUGGAAUUCCUGAUUUCAUGCAUAUGUUCUUAAACCAGGCUAUUGAUGAUUAUUACUUCGAUAGAAUAUGGCAUUUCACUAAAGACUUUGUUGUUCGAUUCUCGGAUGUGGUCGUGGAUAUGCUUCUCCUCCCGAUUGGUGAGGAGGAAGACGCACACUAUUGGAAGCUUUCUGCUACUGGCAAGGUCACCUCGGCUUUAGCCUAUGCUGAGAUCAGUCAGUCCUUUCCCAAAGUUCGUUAG